GCCCCCUCCCCCUCCCCUCUGUCAUGGCGGCGUGCGAGGAGCAGCAGCAGCAGGAGGACGCGGCGCCGCGGCUGCCGCUCUACCGCCGCGCCGACGUGAAGCUCCACAACGACACGGCGAGCGGCACCUGGAUCAUCCUGCACGACAACGUCUACGACGUCAGCUCCUUCCUCGACCAGCACCCAGGCGGGGAGGAGGUUCUCCUGGAGCAGGCGGGAGGAGACGGAACCGAGUCCUUCGAGGACGUGGGCCACUCGCGGGACGCGCGGGAGCUCCUGCCGCAGUACCUCGUCGGGCACCUUCACCCGGACGAGAGGAAAAAUACAGAAACCAAGGACAUAUUCAUCACUACGACAGGCGGGCUGAAAGCAGGGUCGUGGACAAACUGGCUGGUACCAGUGGUGAGCAUCUUCGUCAUACUCGUCAUGUACCACUUCUACCUGGCCGACCCCGGCAAGGACCUCUGAGGUGGCCUCCGGAAGACGUGACCGCUUCAAGAGAAAUGGCGUUUUGUACAUUCCUUCUGCCGGCCCUUGCGACUGUGUCCACUCUGUAUGAGGCUGUGCUCGUAGCAGCGUAACUCUGCGCAAGCUCUAGUGUUGGCAGAAUUGGUGUCUCCUUGUUUGUUUCGUUUGUCGUAAGUGUACAUCGGUCGCUCGAGUGUGUGAGUGGUGCGUGUCGAGUCCUGCAGCAGCUUGAACUGAAUUAAUUCUGUCCCAGGGUCAUGGUUUUUCAAAUGCUCUACGAUUGUCCCUUAUACCUGCGCGUAAACCCCGACGAAGAUGUUUAAUAGCCGUGUUAAUGCGAACUCUGAGUUGCGUAACCAUUCCGCCUCCCCUUGCGAUUGAAUCCUCAUGAUUAGGCUAAGUAACUGUCGGUACUUCUACAAAUCAAUGCACAUAUCGUGAAAAAAUCAAUUGAUUUUGAAAUCUGCAUCAUUGCAUCCCUGACGCAUACUACCUGCACACAGACAUCGGCUACUGAUUGAGAUCACCACAGUUGCUGCAAUUCGGAAUGACGUUCGAUUUAUGCAGUUUAAGGAGAGCCGAGUGAUGGUGGUUGGGUUGGGGAGAGGUGAUGGAUGAAAGCCUUCAGUGAGCGCGGGAUGAGAACCCUUUGGACUCCGGUGACAAUGUGAAAUUCCACCGCUGUAAGCGAUUGCUCGGGCUUGCCGUGUCCCUACUGCGGUAGGCGUUCACAAUGCUGCUGUGUAGCUCCGAUGUGUUCAUGGGCUGCAUUGUGCGUCGGUCGGCACGUUGUCCCAACGUAUUGCUCCGCGUGCUGGGAGCUGCUCCUGCACGUGGGCGAAACGUCGGACACGAUGCCGGAACAUGCAGUACCACCCGAAAACACAUUGGAGAGUUUGUGUCUUCACUGUUUGUGGUUGUGCCUUCUCGCUUCGCCGCAAAUGCCAGGGUGUUGUCACUUCACACCGACCCUCUUCUUCCCACCCUCCUCAAGGGCCAUUAUUUUACAACAAUCUUUGUGCAUCACUGUAGUGUCAUAUCUGUAUACUGUUUGUGCAAGCCGAAGGGAUUUGAUAUUUAAGUAAACAAAUGAAAUUAACAUGCUUGCCUCACA